AUGAAGCUUCAACAAUACGUCAACUCGUUCUCUGACCCUUUAAGAUUCGAAGAUCCUACAUCACUCGUCAGGUUGUUGACAUGUCAUAACAAGACAUCAAGAGGUCUAGCAGAUACUGUCGGCGUCAUAGACGAAAGACGUCUGAAUAAUCCCGGACAUUCUCUACCUGAACCAUGGGACGGAAUAGCUAUCAGACAUUGUGCAUGUGUAUAUGCCCUUUACAUUAAAAGGGAUUAUACAGAAGCGUAUACACAUCAAAGCGCGCUAUUGAGCUUAUUCUACAGAUGGUUUCAAGAUCAAUCAGCAUGGGUAUUACCUGUCUUGUAUAUCCUUUUACAGGAUCUAAGAGAUUUAGCUGAACAAGCAGACCAAGGAACAUAUUCAAAUACAGGUAAGAUGCCUUCUUUGGAAGAAUGUACUAGAACAGUCAGUAAAGCCUUUUCAAUGUGCGCAACGGACAGAACAUUCAAGGGUGUAGAAUCAAGACGGAAUGGUGUUUACCAUAUUGCUUGUUUGAGUCUGAAGUGUUAUUUCAAAGUCGGAAAACCCAAUUUAUGCAAAAAUAUCAUUAGAGCAGUAACUUCAGAUCCUAAGACACCACCCAUUGACGAAGCGCCAUUGAACGAUCAAGUGACAUGGCAUUUCUAUAUUGGCAUGUUAGCGUUCCUGAAUGGGGAAGACAAGAAGGCUGGAGAAGAAUUAGAAUGGGCUUUCUUGAAUUGUCCAGCGGAUGCUAAGCGGAACCAAGAACUCAUCCUAACAUAUCUAAUACCUCUUCACCUGCUUCGUGAUUCCCUACCUUCACCGAGAUUGCUUUCCCUCCACCCUCGAUUAGAAGAACUAUUCACACCGUUUAUAAACUCGAUCAAAUCUGGAGAUGUGAGAGAAUACGAUGAAAGGUUAGAUUGGGCUCAACAGAGACUAGUAGGAAUGAGUACUUAUUUAGUUAUGGAACGAGCUAGAGAAGGUGGUUUGAGGAUGUUAUUCAAAAAGGCAUGGAUAGCAAGUGAUAAAUCAUCUAGAAUACCGAUAACAACCUUUCAAAGCGCACUGAAGAUUCAUGGCGUAGAUGUCGACUCGGAUGAAGUGGAAUGUAUGGUCGCAAACAUGAUAUAUCGAGGUUAUAUGAAAGGUUACAUAUCGCACGAAAAACAAAUGGUUGUUUUAGCAAAAUCAAAUCCUUUCCCAAACCUAUGGACCAUUGUACGGUAG